GACAAGGGUUUUUACAUUUUAGCUGCGAGACUCUUCGAACUGAAACGCAGAGCAAACGCGAAGCAGAGGGGGCGACGGAGAACUGCACUUGCACCUACAAGUGGCCUCUCUAUACGUCUAACGGGCUGAGCAAUGGCAUUCAUCAAUAAGAUUGGAAAGCUUCUCAAGCAUUCUGCUGUCAAAUGCAUCAGCCCGGAAUUUUCUGCAUCUACUCCAUCGGUUUAUCAGGCAAUCAGGUCCAUGUCAUCUGCAAAGCUUUUUAUUGGAGGUGUUUCAUAUAGCACAGACGAUAUGGGUCUGAGAGAAGCCUUUGCUCGCUAUGGAGAGAUAAUUGAUGCAAGGAUAAUUAUGGAUCGUGAGACUGGAAGGUCAAGAGGAUUUGGGUUCGUAACUUUCACGUCAGGUGAGGAGGCAUCUGCCGCUAUUCAGGCAAUGGAUGGUCAGGAUCUUCAUGGUCGGAGGAUACGGGUAAACUAUGCUACAGAUAGGUCGCGUCCAAGCUUUGGUGGCGGGGGCUAUGGUGGGGGCUAUGGCGGGGGCUAUGGCAGAAGUGACUAUGGAGGUGAUAAUAACUAUAGGAAUCCAGGUUAUGGAAGCAGUGGUGAUGGUUUUGGGGGCAGUGGAAAUUAUGGUGUUACUGAUGGUACUGGUGGCAGUAAUUACCAAUUCAAUCACAACCCAGGUGAAGAUCUUGGCUUUGAACCGAGUGGCAAUUCAAGUAUGGGAGAUGGUGGUGGCCAAUUUGGUGGCAACCAAAAUGAAGGAACUGGCAUGGACGAUGAAGAUAACUUGACAGGGAACAAUGGUGAAGACAACUGGAGAGAGAGCCGGUAGUGAGAGUAAUUUUGUGGCCAGGAAAUAUCUUGCACUGUGCAGUGAACCGGUGUGGCAGCAUUGGAGAUUAUUUGAACUUUGUCAUCUGUUUCAUUUUCCUGUUGUAGCUUGCAUAAGCCAUGUUGCCAGGCUUGAAAGCCUACAAUUUUCUCAAGCCAACAAUUUAAUGUAAAAUAAAGAUUUUUUGGGGGGGGGGGGCGCCGAGGGUGAGUCGCAAAAACUGUUAGAAUGCUUUCUUUUGCUUUUCUUUUUGGUAAUUGAGCUUAUUUUCUUC